GCGCCGGAAGUGCCUGCCGGGAGCGCGGCGACGAGCCGACGAUUACCUUUACGGGGACUCCCUGCGGCCCAGAGUCGUGGCUUACAGAAGAGAUGAGAUGUGGCCAGAGGGACGGUAUGAUUAUGAAAGAUUUCCAAGACAACGAGUACCUCCUCGAAGUCACCCCAGUGAUGGCUACCAUAGAGUAGUUAAUAUUGUGCCAAAGAAACCACCACUGCUAGACAGACCUGGUGAAGGAAGCUACAGUAGAUAUUACAGUCAUGUUGAUUACCAAGACUAUGACGAGGGCCGCAGUUUUUCUCAUGAUCGAAGAAGUGGUCCACCUCACAGAGGAGAUGAAUCCGGCUAUAGGUGGACAAGAGAUGAUCAUUCUGUCAGCCGUCAGCCUGAUUACAGGGAUAUGAGAGAUGGAUUCCGAAGAAAAAGCUUCUACUCUUCCCAUUAUGUGAGGGACCGGUCUCCUCAUAAAAGAGAUGCUCCUUUUUUCAGAGAAUCACCUGUAGGCCGAAAGGAUUCUCCACACAGCAGGUCUGGCUCCAGUGUCAGCAGUAGAAGCUACUCUCCAGAAAGAAGCAAAUCAUAUUCUUUCCACCAGUCUCAGCAUAGAAAGCCCGUGCGUGCUGGUGCUUCCUACAAACGGCAGAAUGAAGGAAAGCCAGAAAGAGAUAAAGAAAGACCUGUUCAGUCAUUGAAAACAUCCAGAGACACUUCACCCGCAAGUUCCUCAGCAGUUCCGUCAUCAAAGGCAUUGGACAAACCCAGUCAGCUAACUGAGAAGGAACUUGCUGAGGCCGCAAGUAAGUGGGCUGCUGAAAAGCUGGAGAAGGCGGAUGAGGGCGCCUUGCCUGAAAUUUCUGAGUAUGAGUCAGGCUCUACAGCACCACUGUUCAUUGACCAGCCAGAAGAACCUGAGUCCAAUGCAGCAGAUGGCAUAGAGUUAUUUGAAGACAGUCAGCUAACCAGCCGUUCUAAAGCAAUAGCAUCAAAAACCAAAGAGAUUGAACAGGUUUACCGACAAGACUGUGAAACUUUCGGGAUGGUUGUGAAAAUGCUGAUUGAAAAAGAUCCUUCAUUAGAAAAGUCUAUACAGUUUGCAUUGAGACAGAAUUUACAUGAAAUAGGUGAGCGGUGUGUCGAAGAACUGAAGCAUUUUAUUGCAGAGUAUGACACCUCUAGUCAAGAUUUUGGAGACCCUUUUUAGAAAUUUGCUCAGGCAAAAAAAAAGUUUCUAGAUUCAUUCCCCCUACACUCCCAAUUGUGUAAAUCCUUAAUAUAUGGAAUUUUUGUGAAGAAAGAUACUUUAUGAUAGUUGACCACAUUCCAGUAUCAGAUAAACAUGUAAGGUAUCCAUAUGUAGAGCCACCAGGUCCAUAUUUUUUUGUCCAUCCCCCACUAAAAUAAUGGUCAAUUAAUUUUUCAAACUUUGAAAAAGCAGUCUAGGGGACAGGACUCACUCAUGUUCUGUCGUCUUCCAUUAGUUUGGUCACACUAGUGUAAUUUAUAGGUUAGAGAUCAUUCCACUUAAAAACAUUUUAAGUCUUUUUCAUUUAGGAUCCAGUGAUACCAUACAACAUGUCAGAAUUUUGAGAUGUGAUAUUUUUGACUUGUUGGGCAUUGUCACAUUAAAUAUAUUUAAGUAUACUAUUCAAAAGCUGAGUACUUUGAUAUCUUAGAGAAUAUUUGCUUUGAGAAUGAUUCUCAUUGUGAUAAAAUAGAGCACUUACAUUUCUGAAAGACACCUCAUAAUAAAAUCUGUUUACCGAGGAGAUGAACUCAAUGUCUUCUAUUAAUAUAAACCCAAAAGAAAAAAAAUCUUAAAAUUCCUGACUGUUCGCACCUACAUGUGAAUCUUAAACACUAUUAUAUAAGUCUAAGAAAGGGGGCAUUUUGAGAUGAGCAGUGAGGACUGUUUAUAAAGUUGAAAUUUGUUUAAAAAUUUUCUAAUUGAAAAAAAAUUUUUUUUUCUAAUUGAAAGAGAAAAAUUUAGACUGUAAAGGAGUAAGGGGCUUUCAUUCUUCCAUUUGUCCAUAUUCCCCAUCUCAAGAAGGAAGAUGAUUGUUCACAUGUCCAUGAUUAAAUAGUUUGCAGAUUAUGCCUUUGUUAAUCUCUACUUGCAGUCUAACAAGUUAGUUACCCUGCUGCAGACCUUCUUAGGGAUUCUUAACCCUGCAAAAGUGUUCUUUAAAAAAAAAAAAAAACAGAGCAGGCAGUGAGCCCAACUACCCCGACCAAGCCGUCUGUGAAAACAGUGAACAAGCCAUACCGAUCACGGGUUAGUGAAUUAGGAUAUUCCAUUUCCUGGUCACUCCCAGCUGCCCAGUGGCAUUUUUCCAAAAUAUGUAAUGUUGUGGCAUUGGUUAGGAAACCUUCAAAAUCAUGUUUUUUUUUUACUGCCCAUUUUCUUUGUCCUCCUGUCCUCUUUCUGUUUAGGUUCCACUUCUCAUUUGAAUCCUGGCAUUAUUUUUGUGACCUCUGUUGAUAAUUAUCUAAAGAACUACCACAGAGUAGAUAAAAAUUUUAUUAAAGGCAGAAAAUAGCAGUAUAAAAUAAUUAUAGUGGACCCUAUGGUGGGGGGGGGUUCCUCAAAAUAUGUUAUGCCAUUCCACAAAUUUAAAAAAUAAUAAAGACAGCAGUUAUUUUCUUAAGUUCCCUAUAAUACCUUGGAUUUUUAAUUUUGCUAUUUGUAUGGUAUACAUAAACCAGCCUCUGCCCAUCAUUUCUGGUAUUCUCUAAUAUGAACAGUGAUUUUAUUUGUUACCCACUUUACAAAGACUAAGAAAGUACAGGUUGUGUUUUCCCCUGCCCCCCUUCAUGGUAUUUUUGUGGGGUUUUUUUUUUCCACCUUAAAUAUUCUAAUGCAGGAUUCAGUUCUUUCCGUCAGGAUCCCCUAAGAUUGAAAAUAAACCUUGAGAAACUACCACUGAGGCAGAGGAGUUGUUUUACACUGUUGAAAUUAACUAGACAAGUUUUCCUCACAGAUGCAUUUAAAUGUAGCUUCAACAGAUAGUUUUUUCUUCCCGAUUCCCAAUUAAUAUCCACUACCUAAAGCUGCUUGUAGCUUGCUAUCAGCAUUACCCUGAUAGACUUGUCAGUGUUAAGUAUAUUUGUUUUUUUCUAAGUUGUCUGUUUACUUUCAGGAUAGUAUCAGAGUGUUUUGCAAAAUGUUCUUGAUUAAAGAAUUUUGUUUGUAAAUGUGAUAGUUUUUAUUCUCUUAUCAUAAAGCCUUGAUAUCAACCAGGAAAACAGCUAUUGUGAAGUUGCUUGUGAACUUUAAAAGUGCAAAAUAAAGCAACCAGAUUGAAA